AUCCUUUAGCAAGUCAACUAAUUGCCAUGUCAUUUGCUUGCGUGUUGAGUGUUUUAAUGCAGUUGUUAGGUCGUUGCCGGUAGCGAGUGUUCCCACCCUCGGAAAAAAAACACAUGCUAACUGCAAGCUAGCUAGCUUGCGACAUUUCUUGUUAUCGAGCCAACUAGAUAGACAUGAAGGUGAAGGUGAUAUCUAUCCUGGAGGAUAACUACAUGUACCUGGUGAUCGACGAGAAGAGCAGGGAGGGUAUCGCUGUGGACCCAGCGGUGCCGCACCGGAUGCUGGAGAUUGUAAAAAGGGAGGGAGUAUCUCUGACUGCUGUUCUUACCACGCACCAUCACUGGGACCAUGCCCGCGGGAAUGAGGCGCUGGCGAAGGAGAUCCCCGGGCUCAGGGUGUACGGGGGUGACGACCGCAUCGGGGCGCUAACUGACAAAGUCACAAACGCACAGGAGCUGAAGUUUGGCUCAAUCAACGUGAGGUGCUUGUCCACGCCCUGCCACACCUCAGGGCACGUGUGCUAUUUUGUGUGGGAGGACGACUGCGACGACGCUCCUGCUGUUUUUACAGGAGACACGCUGUUUGUGGCAGGCUGCGGGCGUUUUUUUGAGGGGACCGCAGAGCAGAUGCACCACAACCUUACCGAAGUGCUGGGGUCCCUGCCAAGAGACACGAAGGUCUUCUGUGGGCAUGAAUACACCAUCAAGAAUCUGAAGUUUGCUCUGAAGGUGGAACCAGAUAACGAGAGGGUGAAAGAGAUGCUGAGCUGGGCCCGGGGACGGGAUGACGAUGACAAACCAACAGUGCCGUCAACCUUGGUGGAGGAGUUUGAUUACAACCCGUUCCUGCGUCUCUCUGAGAAGAGUGUGCAGAAGUUCACGGGGAAGACGGACCCCGUGGAGGUGCUGCGGGUGCUGCGGCGGGAGAAGGACAGCUUCUCCAAGCCCAAGGAGCGCGUUCCGCCCCACGCCAUGCUGGCCCUGGAGUGGGGGCUGCUGGGGCCCUGAGCCCCACCCCUCCUGGCCCCGCCCCUCCCGAUGACACCGAACACCAGGGCAGAGGGAGAGGACGGGAUGAAUGAAAUGGCAGGUAUUUUCGUUUACCGCCAAACACAGCAAAUUGGCAGCCAAGAGGAGCGUUAGGCAACUGCCUUUGGUAAAGAAGGUUGACCGAACGGAGAAACUGUCGUUUCUCUCGUGUGCGAGCGUCACAUUCCACAUUACAUUUUUUCAGUUGGAACACUAGCGAAAGAGCUCACUCUCGGAGUGAGGACCACUAAGCUGCUGAGAAGCACGGCCCUUCAGCAUAUGAGAAGGACGUGCAGCCGUUCUCUUUGGGGCGUAACUCUGUCAGACGUUCUACAGGUCUGGCACACCCUCACGCAAAGCAGUUACCCAACCUAAAACAUUA